AUGAAAAUGUUAUUGUUAACCUUUGUGGUUGGAUGUGGUAAUUUUUUUUUGUUUUUUGCUGUUGUUUUACUUGUUUAAAAUAAAAAAGGAAUUUAUCGGCCUUAUAUUAUGAUAAUCAGAAAUAAAUUUGCUGUAAACCUGAGGUGUAACUAACAGCAGUUUAUAAUAAAUAAAAAAUUUUAGUGGCAGCACAAACUGCGUUCCCGGAAUUGCCUGAAGAACAUCAGGUAUCAGCCGAAGUUCAUGAAGCUGUUGAUGGUGAUGUUAGGACUCCGGUGAUUAGGCUAUCUAAACCAGCUGAAUGGAUCAAAGAGAUCAAGGAUGAAAUCAAGAGAGCUUUUGGAGACAGUGGUAUGUUUAAUUUGAGUAAAUUUACUAUGUUUUAAAACGUUAAUUAUGACUAAAUUAAGAAUUAUAACGAAUCUUUACUUAUAUUCAUCGAUUUUUUACUAUUUAUUAAUUACAAUUAAUAUUAUUGUAAACAUUAAUACUAUUAAAUCUAUAUUUAAUACCUAAAACAUAUAAAAACUGUUUUUCAGACGAAUCUUCUGACGAAGGCUACCCUUAUGUUCACCAUGUUCCAGAAAGAGAGCCAUUCCGUAAAGAAGAGCCGGCUAAACCAACUGUAAAGCCAGUUCACAAACCAGUUGAAACUCACUUCACACAAUCUGUUCAUCAACAAGUAAAGCACAAUCCAGUAGCCAAGCACGAUGAUGAACAAGUUUUCCACAUUUUACCCUUUAAUGGUCCAGCUAAGAAGCCACAAGUUGAAGUACAUAACGGUGUCUCAGAAGGUUCUGUUCGUAAUGAACUUCCAAAGAAGGACAACUCUGUGCACCAUGAACAGCCAAAGGAGGACACUUUUCAGCACCAUGGACUGCCAAAGAAGCCAGAAGCUUCUACCGACAGUCCAGUUAAUCACAGUGUUUCUAAAAAGCCAGAAUCGCCAGAACACCGUAUCCCAGCUCUUCCCCCUCAUAUUAUACAGAACCCAUUUGUCGUUGUUAAACCAAUUGGGGCUUCUGAUGAGCCUUCUCGUCCACGUCCAUUCGUUGUUGUUCAUCCGAUCAACAGUGGAGAACAUCAAGCUCCAUUCGGCUUUAAUCCAUUCGCUUCUAAACCAGUAGCUCCUUUCCACGUUAACCCAGAAGCUCUUUCUCACGGUCAUCCAGAAGGCUUCUUCCACGCUAACCCACAAGCUCACAGUGACGAUGAUCUUCACUGUGUCUGUAAACCAAAGGUUGCCCAUGGUCAGCCUUUGAGCUUCUUCACCAACUUGGACUGCACCUGUACUAGAAAUGGUGAACAUGUUGAGAAUGUCCAUCAUGAAGACAAGAACGGCGAAUUCAGAAACGCCUUUAAAGGCUGGCUUCACAGAGCAGAGGGAAUGUCAAAGAAGCAUGUUGAAGAACUGAAGAAGAAGUUUGAUUUCGGAGGCAAAUUUGACGAAAAAGAUGGUCGAGAUGGAUUCCCAGAGCACCAUGAGUUCCCUGAACACCAUGGAUUCCCAGAGCACCAUGAAUCUCCAGAACACCAUGGUUUCCCAGAGCAUCGUGGCUUACCAGAACAUCACGGUAAGAUUCUACGCAAGUAGCUAGCAAAAAGUUUUUAAUAAUUAUAAUUUUAGAAUCUAAAUUCUGAAGUGUAAAAAUUCAAAAUCUUUUUAAUUUUAACCAAUGUGUUAUUUUCAGAACACCAAGAAAGCUGCCAAGACCCAUCUCAUCAUCAUGACAUUCAUAACAAUCCUCAUGACAAGAAGUGGAAGCACAGUUUUGAAUCUGAUGAAUGGUCUGGAGAACACAAAGCUAGUCAUCACGAAGAACAUCGUCAUGAAGAUGAAUAUCAUCAUGAAAACAAGCACGCCCAAAAGGAACAUGAACAUAGUCACGACGAGCAUCACAAAAAGCACGAUGACAAAAAGGAAAAUGGAGAAGAUGUAGGACAUAGUCAUGAAAAGAAACAUGGUGAUAAGAAGCAUCAUGAAGAGAAGAAACACCACGAGGAUGAAUCGGAGGAGAGUCAUGAAAAGAAGCACGGUAAACAUGAAGAAAAGGAACAUGAUAAGAAGAAGCAUGAUGAAUUGAAGCACAAAAAGGAAGAAGAACACAAUAAAGAACAGAAACAUCAUGAAGCUGAAGAAAAGAAGCAUGAACAAAAGCACGACGAUAAGAAGGUUGAGCAUGAAGAACAUGAAAAGAAGCAUGAGGAGCACAAGAAAGAACAUGAAGAAAAGAAGGAAGAACAUAAAGAACACAAAAAAGAACAUGAAGAACACAAGAAAGAACAUGAAGAAAAGAAGGAAGAACCCAAAGAACAUCACCGUCCCAGUCCACGUGGUCCACCAGCUUCUCGACGACCAUUCCAUCCAAGAGGCCAUUCUUCAUCCAAACCAAGCGUAGAACAACCAGUCAACGUGACUGCUGCCCCAGAAACCGAAGAACGACCAACUAGUGUCAUUGUUCGUGUAUUGAAGUAA